CGGUGGCGGCUACGGCCGUGGUCCCGCGGCCUGGGACAGAGUCAGAGUCGAUGGUGGCAGCGGCGGCGGCGGAGGCUGCCGCGACGGUGGCGACGGCCGCAGGGACCCGGAGCUGAGAGGAGCUGCUGCUCGGACCAGCGCGGUUAUAUUUCACACUAUGUGCUGACUGUAUCUACAGAAGAUAUUUAAAAAAAAGAUAAACUUUUUUCCAAGAUUUUGAUUCCAGUGGAAUCUUUGCUUUAGAGAGAGAGAGAGAGAGAGAGAGAGAGAGAGAGAGAGAGUGUGUGUGUGUGUGUGUGUGUGUGUGUGUGUGUGUGUGUUAGUGAAUUGCAACUCCAGAAGCAAUGCCUGUACAAGCUCCACAAUGGACGGAUUUCCUUUCCUGCCCAAUUUGCACUCAGACUUUCGACGAAACAAUUCGAAAGCCCAUCAGUUUGGGCUGUGGCCAUACUGUCUGCAAAAUGUGCCUGAAUAAACUCCACCGUAAGGCUUGCCCAUUUGACCAGACCACUAUCAAUACAGACAUUGAGCUCCUUCCUGUGAACUCAGCAUUACUGCAGCUAGUGGGUGCUCAGAUCCCUGAGCAACAGCCCAUUACUUUGUGUAGUGGGGUUGAAGAUACAAAGCAUUAUGAGGAAGCCAAGAAAUGUGUAGAAGAAUUAGCAUUGUACCUGAAACCACUCAGCAGUGCUAGAGGAGUGGGUCUGAACAGCACUACUCAAAGUGUUCUGAGUCGCCCAAUGCAGAGGAAGCUUGUGACUCUAGUCCACUGCCAGCUAGUGGAAGAAGAAGGCAGGAUCCGUGCUAUGAGGGCUGCUCGAUCUUUAGGUGAACGCACAGUUACAGAGCUCAUUCUCCAGCACCAAAAUCCUCAGCAACUCUCCUCUAAUCUCUGGGCAGCCGUCAGAGCUAGGGGCUGCCAGUUCCUUGGACCAGCAAUGCAGGAGGAAGCUCUGAAACUUGUCUUGCUGGCUUUGGAAGAUGGUUCUGCUUUGUCACGGAAAGUGUUGGUUCUCUUUGUGGUGCAAAGACUGGAGCCUCGUUUUCCUCAAGCCUCUAAAACCAGCAUUGGACAUGUUGUUCAGCUCCUUUACAGAGCCUCCUGCUUCAAGGUCACCAAACGUGAUGAAGACUCUUCUUUGAUGCAGCUGAAGGAAGAAUUUAGGACUUAUGAAGCUCUGCGACGAGAACAUGACUCCCAGAUAGUACAAAUUGCUAUGGAAGCAGGCUUAAGGAUUGCACCAGACCAGUGGUCCUCUUUGCUUUAUGGAGACCAGUCUCACAAAUCUCAUAUGCAGUCCAUUAUUGACAAGUUGCAGACCCCUGCCUCUUUUGCACAGAGUGUUCAGGAGCUAACUAUUGCUCUCCAGCGGACUGGAGACCCAGCGAACUUGAACCGACUAAGACCCCACUUGGAGCUACUAGCAAACAUUGACCCUAGUCCAGAUGCACCUCCUCCAACCUGGGAACAGUUAGAAAAUGGCCUGGUUGCUGUACGUACAGUAGUACAUGGACUAGUUGAUUAUAUUCAGAACCACAGCAAAAAAGGAGCAGACCAGCAGCAGCCUCCACAGCAUAGCAAAUACAAAACAUACAUGUGUCGAGAUAUGAAGCAGAGGGGAGGAUGCCCUCGUGGGGCCAGCUGUACAUUCGCACACUCACAAGAAGAACUGGAAAAAUUUCGUAAAAUGAACAAACGUCUGGUUCCCAGAAGACCUCUGAGUGCCUCUUUGGGUCAACUUAAUGAGGUGGGCCUGCCUUCAGCACCUAUACUUCCCGAUGAAAGUGCAGUGGACUUGUCCAGCAGGAAGCCGCCUACACUACCAAAUGGGAUUGUAUCGACAGGGGCCACAGUAACACAGCUGAUUCCACGUGGGACAGACCCCAGCUACGAUUCUAGUCUGAAGCCAGGGAAGCUGGACCACCUGAGCAGCAGUGCUCCUGGGUCCCCUCCUGACCUGCUGGAGUCUGCCCCUAAGAGUAUUUCUGCCUUACCUGUGAAUCCACAUCCUGUACCUCCAAGGGGACCAACAGAUCUGCCUCCCAUGCCUGUCACCAAACCAAUUCAGAUGGUACCUCGAGGUUCUCAGUUAUAUCCACCACAACAAGCGGAUGUUUAUUAUCAGGAUCCUCGAGGAACUGCCCCAGCAUUUGAGCCAUCACCUUAUCAGCAGGGCAUGUACUAUCCUCCACCACCAUGUGUGUCCCGCUUUGUACGACCUCCACCAUCUGCUCCUGAACCUGGUCCUCCAUACUUGGAUCAUUAUCCACCCUACCUCCAAGAUCGUGUCAUAAACUCUCAGUAUGGCACACAGCCACAACAGUACCCUCCUAUGUACCCACCUCACUAUGAUGGCCGUCGUGUAUACCCUGCUCAGUCUUAUACAAGAGAGGAGAUUUUCCGGGAAAGCCCUAUACCCAUUGAGAUUCCAUCUGCAGCAGUACCAUCCUAUGUGCCAGAAUCCAGAGAACGAUACCAACAGGUAGAGGGUUACUAUCCAGUGGCUCCUCAUCCAGCUCAGAUUAGACCUUCAUAUCCCAGGGAGCCUCCUUAUAGUCGGCUUCCUCCUCCCCAACCCCAUCCUAGUCUGGAUGAGCUACAUCGUAGACGGAAGGAAAUAAUGGCCCAACUAGAGGAAAGAAAGGUUAUCUCUCCACCUCCUUUUGCGCCUUCACCAACACUGCCUCCUGCGUUCCAUCAAGAGGAAUUUUUGGAUGAAGAAUUCAAGGUAGCUGGAAAGUACAAAGCAAAUGAUUAUAGCCAGUAUUCUCCUUGGUCAUGUGAUACCAUCGGCUCCUACAUUGGAACCAAAGAUGCAAAACCCAAAGAUGUUGUGGCAGCAGGGAGUGUGGAAAUGAUGAAUGUGGACAGUAAAGGAAUGAGAGACCAGAGAUUGGAUCUUCAGAGAAGAGCGGUGGAAACUAGUGAUGAUGACCUCAUCCCAUUUGGAGACCGACCAACGGUAUCUCGGUUUGGUGCCAUCUCUCGAACAUCCAAAACACUUUAUCAGGGUGCUGGCCCAAUGCAGGCCAUGGCGCCACAGGGAGCACCCACAAAACCUAUUAGCAUUUCAGAUUAUAGUCCAUAUGGAGCUCAUGGUGGCUGGGGAGAUUCUCCAUACUCACCUCAUCCAAACAUACCUCCUCAGGGACACUUCAUCGAGAGGGAGAAAAUGUCCAUGGCAGAAGUGGUCAGUCAUGGCAAACCCCUUCUGUCUGCUGAAAGAGAGCAACUACGGCUGGAAUUGCAGCAACUGAACCAUCAGAUCAGCCAGCAGACCCAGCUUCGUGGACUAGAGGCUGUUAAUAACCGACUGGUGUUACAGAGGGAGGUGAACACCCUGGCAGGCCAGCCACAGCCCCCUCCACUGCCUCCAAAAUGGCCUGGAAUGAUCUCCAGUGAGCAGCUAAGCUUGGAACUACAUCAGGUGGAAAGGGAAAUUGGCAAGAGAACCCGGGAAUUGAGUAUGGAGAACCAGUGUUCGAUGGACAUGAAAAGCAAACUGGGUACAAGUAAGCAAGCAGAAAAUGGGCAGCCAGACCCACAAAACAAAGUCCCAGCUGAAGACCUUACAUUGACAUUCAGUGAUGUACCGAAUGGAUCAGCUUUGACACAAGAGAAUCUCAGCCUCCUAUCAAACAAGACCAGCUCUUUGAACCUGUCAGAAGACCCCGAGGGAGGAGGAGAUAACAAUGAUUCUCAGAGACCAGGAGUUACUUCCAGUUCUGCUCCCUAGAAUAUGGGGGACCCUGCUUCUACCUUCUGCUCCUUAUCAAUUCGUAGGACAUAGGGAUAGAAGAAUGGAUAACUUCUAAACUUUUUCUCUGAGUGGUCAGUGAAAUCCAGGAAAAACAGCAUCGGAGGCAAUGUGCACAAAUACCACUACUAAACAAACCCUGCACAUAGUUCACAUUAAUGCAUUUUUUUAAUUUAAAGAAAAAGAAAAUUAGCAGUAUCUGCAAGCAAUUCAGAUUAAAUUUGUUUUUGUUCUGUGAAUGAACUUUAUUUUAAUAACUUUGGACGCCUUGGAUCCAGGGCUUUAAAAGAAAAAGAUAUUAUAUAUACACUCUGUUUGAUUAAUUGUAUGAUCUUAAUGAAGUAGGUUUUUCCUUGUAUUUUGGUAUUAUUACAUACCCAGUGUAUAAUUCCUUUCUCUCCCAGUCCUUUCCAAUUCUCUCAACCCUGCAUACUGAAAGCACUGUUUCCAAGAAUUCUGUGAUAUUAUAUUGGGUUAUUAGAAACUGUGCAGCAAACUAAUUUUAUUAUAGCCAUUGUUCAGCCAACACACACCCACACUAUUCUGGAUCACUAGCUUUGUGACUUCUCUUACAACAUUCAAACUUUAUUUAAGUAGGAUAGGGUUUUAGUUUCAACUUUUCAGAGAUUUCAAUAGGUAGUUGAUUGUUAGACCAUGUUAAGGGUUCCUUGCAUUUUCUCCAUAAAAUCUGAAAACCUAUUUGGUGUUUACAUUGCUCAGUUAAAUUAAAUGAAGAGUACCUUAAGAAUGAGCUCUAAACUGGACAUGGUGGCUCAUUCCCAUACUCCCAGGACUCAGUAUGCUGAGGUAGGAGAAAACCAAAAUAAAAAGAAGAAAAGAAAUGAGCUUCAACUUGUUAUUAGUGAAAACAGACAGUUCUAGUCUCCUGUGCUGAGCUGUGUUUACAAAUUAAACUUUUAUGGAAAUCCUAGAAUGCUCAAAAAAAUCAGGACAGUGAACCAUGUUCUAAAACUUGGAGAGAUGGCUUGGCAGAGACUGGCUUCUCUCCCAGAGGACCCAGGUUCUUCCCAGCACCCACAGGUGGCUCACAAGUGCCAGUAACUAAAUCUGGUUCCAAGGGAUCUGACACUCUUCUGGCCUUGUGGCACCAGCACACAUGGGUGCAUGUGCAUACACACAUAAAAAAAUAUAAUGUUAAGAUCAAAAUAAAGCUUAACACUUGAUAUGAACUUAAAUAAACGGGGACACGUUAUUUCAAUGGAAUGUUUGUUUUUUCCUCUCAAAAGCAUAAAAGAUUUAGCAGAACUGAGCUUGAAGAUAGUUUAUGCAUUGAUUACUUGUGCUGCUAGAGUUACUAGCAUAACUAAAUAAUUGGGUUUUUAGACUUGGCUUUUUGACAUUAACGUUUAUGACGACAUUGUGAAAGAGUAAGGAGGAUUUUUACUUAGUUCUGCUGCACAUAUUCUAAUGCUACCACUGUACACUUAGUUUACCAUGCCCCUGUAAAAAUGAGUUCAUUGGGGACUAUUUCAUAGAGUCACUGCAUCCCUUGCAUUGCCUGACAUCCAGUUUCCCUUUCUAGACAAUACUACUAAACAAGAAAGCACUGGUUAUGUAAUAAGUUAUUGCAUUGCUUUGGUUGGGUAAAAGCAAAAGUUUAUAUUUUUCUUACUUCUUAUAUUCCUACCCGUUAACUCCUGCUGAGGUCAGAGCUACCUCAGUCUACGCUCUGUGUCUGUCAUGUUGUUAAUGGAAACAAGUGGGUGGGGGUGGGGUGGGGUGGGAAGGGUAAAAUAGUCCUGCCAUUGCCUACCAGUAGGAAAUCCAAACAGAACACUCAUUUGAGUAGCGAUUAUUUAAUUUGCCCAGUCAAGGCACCGUGUUUAUAUACUAUUUCACAUUGAAUUUGAUUAUGCCCUACAGACCUGGCUGGUCAAGGAUUUGAUAUACACAUAUUGGCUUGGGAUUCGAGCUUUCUUUUUUAUUUAAAUAAAAAUUUAUAUAUAUAUAUUAUAUAUAUACAUAUAUACAUGGCUAUAUCUGUAUAUAUAUUGGGUAUGUUUUAAAGAUGUCUUCGCAUGAGCGCAACUGUUGCAAUAAAAUGACCGAUUGGGAGGUAGAAGCACUGAAUGACGGUGAGGCGUUUUCAGUUGAUGCAUACAUUUUCCUUUUCAUUUUAAAUAUACAUUUGUACAUUUGCUUUCUUGGCCUUUUUUGUUUUUUAAGAUAAAACAUCUCUUACAUGUAUACUUUAAAUACUCAUUAUUUAUUGAGAGAAGGAAAGAAUGUUAUGUCUGACAGGAUUUUUUUUCUGCACAUCUACAAAAUGUUACAUUAUUGGCCUCUUGCCUUUGGUAGACAGAUUUGAGCAGAUCUUAUCUCCUUUGGCCAUGUCAGAUAAUUCUAAGUCUUAGAAGCAGGUGGUUUGUUUUGGAAAUUGGAAUGACUAGGGGGUAAAAUCUUCAUAUUGCUUUUGUUAGAGUUAAGGAUAAGUAAUGUCCCUUGCAGUAUAUGUGAAAUCCCCAGAAUGCACUCUGCUGUGGUGUGCUAGUAACCCUUCAUAAGCUAUUUUCAUUUAGGGAAAAAAUUAGUCUCAUAAAUGGUAGCCUGAGUUCCCCAAGCCCCAGUCUGUAAAGCCAGUCUGGGUGGGGUAGAAAGUGGGAAAUGCUGUGCCUGUAGUUUUGCUAUUUUAUUAAUUGGUUAUUUCCCUUACCAGUACUUAGGUGUGUUUUGUGUGAUGUGGAAGUUGUUUGUGCCCACUGUCAGAUUUAGGGAUUUGAUUUAAACACACACACACACACACACACACACACACACACACAACUUUGAGGAUGUUUUCGCCCUUUAACAAAUUUUAUGUUAUGAGGCAACAAUAAAUUGAAGCAUAACUUCACAACUCUUAACUGCUGUUUUUGUCAGAAUCUGAAUUUUAUUUGUGUCUUUAUAGACAUUAAAAAAUGAAACUCAUCAGAUAGGAAACAAAACUUUACAGUAGCACCACCCUUUUUUGAGACAGAGUUUUUACCGUGUAGCCCAAGCUGGUUCUGAACUCAAGAUCCUUCAGCCUCCUGAGCGAUGGGAUUUCAUGCAUGUGCCACCAUGCUCAGCAAUAUGUACGUUUUUUCACUUAAAUGGUUUCUUCUGAAGAUGACUAUUUUCUUUUCACUCUGUUUAAGAGCAAGAAUCAUCUAAGAUGAACACGGAAAAUUCUGGAAGGGUUAAGGACCGUGUUCAUACUUGUUCAGAAAUGAAGGCAGUGUGUUACUGUGGUGAAUAUAUAAAAAUACUGUGGCUCAUUCUGUUUUCAGUGAGUCUCUGGGAAAAUGAUAAAGGAACUGAGAAUGAAAUGUUUAGACUUAUCUCCUAAUUGAAGUCACAAGAUAAGGCUAAUAGCUGUCCUUUCCCAGAUAACUUAGAGUCUGAUGUGACCAAAGAGCUAUUAUUCCUUACUACUUUUUUAAACAGAACUUGUAGCAUAGGUUUCUCAUAGUAAUGUUUAAGUGACAAGACACUAUUAUUAAUGUCAAUUACAAAUAUUCAACUACUCAGAAUGUGUAAGAAAUCAUUUGGUACGGCAUUAAUGUGGGUUAUUCCCUUCUCUCGUUUUCCUUCCUUCUGUUCUCCCCCACCCCCAUGUAUUUAUUCUUUUGCCUAAAAGCAGAAGAUUGAUUUGGUUCUCACUGUUACUUGGAUACAUGAUCCCACUAGACUCCCAUGAUCUUAAGUGUGGGAGCUUAAAAUUUAGUUCCUAAGUUUCCCAUGAUUGUCUUUUUUUCUUUUCUUCCUGACCCCUUACCAUUCUGCAGUUUCCCCUUGACUUACCCAAUCUGUAACAGUGACAGUUUGCUGCCUCUAAACAGAGCAUUCAAAUGAAUUCGCUUAGCCAAUGACUUCUGUGAAGUUGCCUUUUCUAAUGGCGUUAUUACUCAGUGAUGCACAGAUGUGGUAUUUGCCCUACUGGCAGGCAAGCAAAGGUCUGGUAAAGAAUGAUAACCUGCUAUUUCUUUAAGGAGCGCCAAAGACUUGUGCUUUACUCUGUUUUGGUUUUAGGGGAAAUAGUAGCCAUUUUGAUUAUGAAACCUGGUAGUAUUUGUAAGUUGAUUGUACUAUGUAGAUGUCUGAAGUUAACUGUAAGGUUAGCUGGCCUUAUAAAAUGUAAUGAAAAUUCGUCAGUUUCUCUAAAUCAGUUAAUAUCAUCCUUGACAAUAUUUGUUUAAGCAACUCACUCUCCCUUUUGGGGAUUAUCUUGAUGUAAUAGUAUCUUCUGUGUGUCUCUGUAUUUUCACGUGUGCCUACAGGACAGUGUACUUUCACUAUGGUCAAGUCAUGGGGCUAGGGAUUCUACCUGAGUUUGAGGCUUGUAAGAAAUAAUUAACUGUAGUUAAUAUCUGUUCAGCUAUGUUCAGGAACAGCUUACUUUCAGUAAAUGGAAUUCAUGUCCUUUUAUAUGUACAAAUGGUGAUAGAAUGAAAUUUCUCCAUAUUCUCCAUUUGGGCUUUUAAAAAUCAAGAGUUAAAUAUGUAAAAUCUUUGUGUAAAAAACAUCUGUAAUGAUUUAUCUUCUAACGGCUUAAUUUUAGUUUUAAGGAGAAAUUAAUGACCAAGCAAAUAAACUGUGGUAUUAUACUAUACACUCUUGCCCCACAAAAUGUUCAAGUGUGUUAAAACCUUAAUUGUUAAUUCAUGUUUGUAGUAUCUCAUUCCCUGAGUUCAGAUUAACCAACUUCACUGAGACAAAUUCCUCUCCACCAUAGAGUUGAACACGCAGUCUACUACUGUGACCUUUGUAUCUGCAUGCUUGCUGUGCAGAAACACAUCCAGGUCUCCCUUGGACAGCUAAGGCUUUUGUAUGUAUUUCUUCAGCUCAGCUUUUUAAAACUAACUGCUGAAAUGAUUUGCUGGGAGUUUUUUGGUAAAUUUUAAGUUCUCAAUCAACUUUCUGAGCCACUUCAGAGAGAGCUGUUUUGGUUUUUGUUUUUUUCAAAAGGUGUAAUUUUAAAUAAAACCUUUUUGUUACUUGAAUUUUAAGAUUCUAUUUCUGUUAUAGUUAAAGGUGUUUUCAUAAGUAACGUAUUUUAAUUGAUUAGUAAUACUAGUUACAUUAAUAAAGAAGAGGAAACUGCCACCCCAGGAGUAAGUACCACCUUCUAAUAGGUAUGUUCUCUGUAGGUAGGUUUUCAAUGCUACACUGAAUAAACUGGGUAAAGAACCCUUGAAACCCCAUCCCUUAGCACUGGGAUAGUUCUUAGAGCCUCUGGAUUUCAGACACUGAAUUUCCCCGAACUUAACCUUGAGCAAAAUAGCUUUAUUUUCACAAGAAAGUAAGUUGUUGUAAUGCAAGGUGAAAAACUUAAACCUUAAGACAAUACUGUGUCAAAAAAAAAAAAAAAAUGUGUAUUUAGAAUAAUGAAAUCCUGUGGAGUUUGUUAUCCUGAUGUAUGUUAUGUAGUAGAUAAUAUGACCUUAUUUUGUAUUGAAGACUCACUUUCUGGUGACUCUUCAUUUGGUUUUGUGUUUUGUCUUUUUAACACUAAGUAGGCAGAUCACAAGUCUUUGGCUCCCAUGUUAGGUUGUGCACUGAGUCAUCUGAGAACUGGAAACUGUCAGGUGGUCCCCCCUGUGAAGGCAUGAAAGGUCAAGAAAUGGAAGCAGACAAACAUUGGGUGGAUAAUGGUCUGGGUUUUUUGUUUGUUUUUGGUUUUCUUUUUUAAAUUGUCAUUUCUAUAAUUUAUUGGUGCAGCCUGUCUCUGUUGAUUGGCUGGCAUUUCACAGUAAUAUCCAAACAACCCCAUAACAUUUUAUUUCCCUAUUUACAGGCCUUUAAAGCUUUUGCUUUUCAGCUCUGCAUUCCCUGUUUAGCUAAGAUAGUCCUGAGAGAUUUUCCCACUUGCGUGUUUUUGCCUAACUCUCCACUCACCUUUGUUUUCCCACUUUCUGGAUGUAAAAGAACUGAAAGAAAAAAAUGCAUUCACUGGUCAUGGGCCUCAGUAUCUUCAUUUGUAAUGAAUUUGUGACUUUCCAGGAGUAAUCUAGAAAGUGAAUGAACUGAGGUUGUGAACGAACCUUUCACCCACCUAAACAUUUCCAGUUGUGAGAUUCCUCUUUGUGCAUGGUCUUUCCCUUCUGACCCUGCUGGGUCUUCCCUGACUAUGGUUAAUCAGCCUCUUGGCUCAUGCCAGUCUCCUGAGACAUUUUGCAGUCAUUAUCACCUUUUUGGGUGGAUUUUACUUCUUUUUGUUGUUGUUGUUUUUAAAAAAUAACUUUAACAUUGAUUCAUAUUUGCUUGGGAUAGAGCUUGUGUAAUUUGCCAAUCGUAUUGAUUGUAUGUGAUUGUGCCCUGCAGAGGUAUACUUAACAAAAGUAAUCUAAGUUAAUAAAGGAGCCCAUGAGAUUUGAGUCAGAAUAGAAAUGACUUUAUGAAAUUGCAGUUUUGGAUAGUGUGAAUUCCCUUCUCAAAAUCACUAAUGAUAUGUAAAUACCCAUUUUAAGUCUUUUUUGUAUUCCUAUAUUUUUCAUUGCCUCGCCUCCCUAUUCUUUUCAUGUCAUUCUCUACCCACCUGCUCAGAUUUUUUUUUUUCUAAUUGAGCCUUAACGUAACAGCUGACUUUUAAAUUAGUGAGCUUCGUGAAUUUUCACAUUUUCCAAAUAUUUUCAAUUCUGAACAAAAGAUGGAUUGAAAUUCACCAACCCAGGACUAACUCCUUAGCCUCUGGCCAAUGCUGAGAUUUUAUUUAGAGGCAUUAUCUUCUGCAAGUUCUUUUUGAAUAAGGGGAAAAAAAAAAAAAAGAACCUUGCUUGAAAUGGAAUAUCCCCUUUAUUCCCUUUCUUGUUUAAUCUGUUUAAUAUUUCCAUCUUUUAAAAACAGCCUUCAAAACAAAUGAGGUGAGAGAAAAGAACUAGGAGUAUGUUUUAGGACUACUGAGUUCUGGAUCUGAAUGAGUACGUGUCCACUUGUUCAUAUUUUUGAGAAGAUUAAGGCCUUCUUUCUCAAUUUUAUAUUACUUGUGUGCAUGUUGUUUAUAUAAAGAUGCCACAUUUUGUUAAAAUGCCAUUUCCUUUAUUACCUUGGAAACUGACUCAGCCUCUUGUUGCUCCUAAUUAGGGUUUAAGGCUCUUGUGAGUUGCAGAUAAAAGCAUUCAUUUUAACAAAAAGAAGGAGGUGAUUCACCUUUUGGAUUGUAAAUAUAUGAAAGUGUCUAUAAGGUCUUUAUCUGCUUUCUGUCAGCAUUUAUAUUAAAUGAUAAAUUAAUGAGGAGGAAUAA